AUGGCUUUCACUUUUGAUUUGGAUAAUGAGGUGGGCAGGUGGGCAGAGGAAAAUGAGAAGUACAGCAAGGCUAUUUAUACCACCCCUGCUGCUGGUCAGAAAAGGAGCUCGAAGACUUGGGUGGCACCUCCAGCUGACUGGGUGAAAAUUAACACUAAUGCUACUCUGACAGAGGAAGGAUGGGUAGGGGUGGGUGUUGUAGCUCGAGAUAACCUUGGUAAGGUUGUGUUCUCAGCUUGUAAACGCUGGAAAGCUUGGUGGCAAAUGGAUGUUGCAGAAGCUAAGGCCAUUAUAUUAGCUUUGAAGUUAGGCAGUAGCUUUGGAUGUAGGAAAAUCAUCAUAGAAUCUGACUCUCAGGAAGUCACCAGCCGUUUAUCAAAGGGAGCUUCUCACUUGACUGAUCUGGAUGCUGUCCUUGUGGAUGCAUUGAAGCUGAGUACUUCUUUCGAGCAAGUCUGCUGGUCCCAUGUACGGCGUGAGGGAAGUGAAGUGGCUCAUCAUCUUGCACGUUUUAUUCCUUUCAAUGUAGAGCAAAUUUGGAGUAAAGCACUAAUACGGUCCCUAAACUUUCGUAUUUGUGCACUUUUAGUCCCUAAACUUUCGCCCCCCACCCUCUCAUGA